ACAAAGUUUGCUAUAAAUUGAUAACCUGAAGUAACUUGAAUCCUCAUAUCUUGAAUCAGACAAUUCAACUAACAUGGCACAAAAUGCUCCAGGAGUUAUCACAUGCAAAGCUGCGGUGAUACGGCAGGUAGGUGGGCAUGUGACAGUGGAGGAGAUAAAGGUCGAGCCACCACAAACGGGGGAAGUUAGGAUCAAGAUGUUGUGUGCCAGCAUUUGUCAUACUGAUGUCUUAGCUUGCAAGGGAUUCCCCAUUCCGUUGUUUCCUCGUGUUCCUGGACAUGAAGGCGUUGGGAUGAUAGAGAGCGUAGGGAAAGACGCGGGUGGAGGGUUGAAACCGGGAGACAUAGUGAUGCCGCUCUACCUGGGUGAAUGCGGAGAAUGCUUGAACUGUAAAACUGGAAAGACAAACCUGUGUCAUACAUACCCUCCACCAUUCAGUGGGCUCAUGAAUGAUGGCACUUCUAGGAUGUCUAUUGCUAAAACCGGUGAACGUUUAUACCACUUUACUAGUUGUUCGACAUGGUCAGAGUAUGCAGUCGUCGACUUCAACUAUGUGCUAAAGUUGGACCCCAAGAUGCCUCUCCCCCAUGCUAGUUUUCUUUCAUGUGGCUUCACCACUGGCUUUGGUGCUCCAUCAAGAGAAGCCCAAGUACAUAAGGGUUCAACUGUUGCGGUUUUUGGCCUUGGCACUGUUGGUCUAGGGGUGAUAAAUGGAUCAAAAAUGCAAGGAGCAUCGAAGAUAAUAGGAGUUGAUAUAAACAACAAAAAGGAGGCAAAAGGAAAACUAUUUGGGAUGACUGAUUUCAUAAAUCCGAAAGACCAUCCUAAUAAAUCAACCUCCGAAUUGGUGAAAGAUAUCACUCAUGGGUUGGGUGUCGACUACUGUUUUGAGUGCACUGGUGUGCCAUCCUUGUUAAACGAAGCUCUUGAUGCCUCCAAAUUUGGAAUAGGUACAGUGGUACCCAUAGGAGCCGGAGGAGGGCCUAAUGUGGCCAUUAAUAGCUUAACACUCUUUAGUGGUCGGACAUUGAAGUUCACAAGCUUCGGGGGCGUCAGAACCCGUUCGGAUCUUCCCAUCAUACUCCAAAAAUGUUUGAAUAAGGAGAUACAGCUUGAUGAGCUUUUGACUCAUGAGAUACACUUGGACAAUAUACAAGAAGCAUUUGAGAUAUUGAAGAAGCCUGAUUGCCUCAAGAUUCUCAUCAACUUUUAAGUAAUGUGAUUUGAAGAAUAAUGCCGGAUGGAAAAUAUGAAAUUUAAGUUCAUGUUAAAUAAAAACCCAUAUCGAUGGUUGUCCCUCGUAUAGGUUAAAAAGCAUCAUGUUUUUAAGUGUAAUGUUUUUGGAUACAACUAUUAUAUGUUUUAAAAUGAUCAUUUUCAUGAGUUUGUUAGAUCAAAACAAAUUCCCUUCAUAGACA